CCAAGGCACGAUUGUUCUUUCUUGAAGGCUUCAAGCGCAAGAAGCCUGGGGACCAGCACUCGCUCAAUUGUUUUGUGUGAUUGCCAAGCAACAAGAGUGGUGAUGAGGCUCACAAUCCAACGACACAACACAACCAAAAGCAAAAGCAAAAGCAAACAACCAAAGUCAGUUCGCUUCAUCUCGUCUCACAAAUAAUGUUCCCUCUCUCACUGCACCGCAACCAACCACUGAACGACCUAGACUCGUGUACCACAACUUCCACUGCUGACGAUCACAACAUCAUGCUCUCUCCUUCGUCUCAACAAACCCCCACCAGCCCUCGAACUGGUCUAGCCGCCCGCAUGCAACGCCGCCUGCGUCGCAUGAGCAGCAAAGACAAAGAGACUAAUAGCAACAAGAAUAACAAGUUUGACUUGCUGGCACGACAAGAACAACGACAACUGGGCGAAGAGAUCAAGACCAGCAAACACUACGUCAAGAACUUGCAAAACUCGUACAAGAUUCGCCAACACGCCAAGGCCACCAGCAUGAUGCAAGUCUUUGCCAAGAUGCACGCUUCUGACUUGUCCGAAGAGAUUCAACUGUGCGAACAAGAGCUCAAGUACGAAGAGAGCAUGCACUCCAUUGAUCAUUCCACAACAAGACGAAGAAUGCGAGAUGGAUCUCUCCGAUCUUCUGCACGCAAUGCAUACUCCACGGCAGCAUGACCCAUUCCAUAUUAUUGCCCUGCAGCCGCGCCUGAGAAUGCAUCCAUAGAAUCUCAUCAUCAUUACUAUAACUUAUAACUUGCUCAGCAGCG